UUUAUUUUGAAUUAAAUUUUUUUUUAAGUGCGCAGUGAAUUUUUGGUGUCUUAAUUUUUGAAAAAAAUCAAAAAGUGCGUUGUGAUAAAAAUUAAAAAAAAUUAAUUAUGGAAAUAAAUGAUAAUAAUAGUAUAGUUGAAGAUAAAUCUGGACCAUCAAAUGAAUCAAAUCCAUUGGAUGAUGCUGUUGGAAAAUUACUGCAAGGAUAUGACUGGACACUAUUACCAGUGACUUCAAGAACAGGAGGACGUAGAAGCACACAUGUAAAAAGGCCCAUGAAUGCUUUUAUGGUGUGGGCCCAGGCUGCAAGAAGAAAACUCGCAGAUCAGUACCCGCAGCUUCAUAAUGCCGAGCUAUCGAAAACUCUUGGUAAAUUAUGGAGGAUAUUGAGCGACGGUGAAAAGCAACCGUUCAUCGAAGAAGCUGAGAGACUGCGCAACGCUCAUAAAAAACAGCACCCACACUACAAAUACCAGCCACGUCGCAGAAAACCAAAGACUGAGGACCAAAUGAGUCUCAACCGGCCGCUGCAACCUUCUGCACCCCUCGACUCGCCGACAGAGUGCGCCUACACGAGAAUUUACCCUCCCGACUCGCCAAACAAGUCGUACGAGCGACCUCUGGCCUACGAGAGCCAAAAGCCCUUCGAGUUGCAUCCCAAGUACGUCGAGAGUCUCAAGUGCACCGACCACCAGAACUGCACCUACGAGGUCCCAAAGUAUGAGUUGCCCAGCAAAAUUUACCCCGACCCCAAGGCCCACGAUGUCCCCACCAAGUACCCGGAGCCCGGGCCAAGGUACCCGGAGCUACAGUCAAAGGGUUACGGGCCCGAGGUCAGCAAGUACCCAGAGGUUAAAAGUUACUCUCCCUCUGACGCAGCAUUCAAGUACCCAGAGGUUACAAAUGCUCAGAAAUCUUACGCCUGCAUGCACACGCAGUAUUAUCCUGCACCAGAUGCUUACUCAGUUCACGAAGACAACGAGUACCAGAGCCAAACGAUGCCGACUCACUCGUUCUAUCCUUAUAUUUCUGCAUCAAUGGCCCAGCCUUCGUAUUACAUGGGCCCGCGAUAAUGAAAUAAAACAAUCAACUAAUAAAAUACUUCUAAAACUAUAAUUAUUAAUAUUAACAACAAUAAUAACCUACUGGUUUUAAUCA